AAACAGUGUGCAGAAUCGGAUGUGGUCAUCAUCUGUUGUUUUUGAUCAAUAGGCCCAAUCCGUGUAGGACGUUGUGUUGUGUUUCAGGACCAGCUGGAAGAGAGAAGGACCAGACCGGGCCGGUACCGUGAUUCAGUCUGCAGCUGUAGGACACAUUGAUCCCUGCUGCACCGACAACUCCACUCAGAUCACACUCCGGUGUCACCAUGUGGUCCUGCACCACAUCUGCCGCUCUGCUGUGUCUGCUGGCGGGGUCCGUAGCAGCUGUUCAGACCCCAAACACAGUGUUCUUGGACAAGCAGCAGGCGAGCUCGUUGAUCACCCGUCCGAAGAGGAACACCGACGGCGGUAACCCGGCUCCGCCUUCCAGCCUGGAACAGGUUUGCAUGGAGAAAGUGUGCAACUACGAGGAGGCCAGAAAGAUCUUCCAGGACUCGUACCGCACGGAUAUCUUCUGGUCUGUCUACAUUGACGGAGACCAGUGUGCAGAGAAACCCUGCAAGAAUGGAGCCAUGUGUUCGGACAGUGUGGGAGGCUACGACUGCGUCUGCAAGUCCGGUUUCACAGGGGUCCACUGUGAAAACGACGUGACUCUGUGCACCCUGGAGCAGAACAAAGGGUGCUCCCAGUUCUGCAAACCAGGCUACACGGCCUACGAGUGCUCCUGUGCACGUGGAUGGAAGCUCAACCACAGGGACAAGAAUAAGUGUGAACCUGCAGUCACAUUCCCUUGUGGUAAAGUGAACAGUCUAAGGAGUUGGGAACAAAGACUGUCCAGCAACGUUCGUGCAAACUUUGAAGGACUCAGCUGUUUAACUUCAGAGUGUCCCUGGCAGGCUCUUCUGAAGACUGCAGAGUCCACAGGCUUCUGUAGUGGCGUCAUUCUGAAGGAGAACCUGGUCUUGACUACAGCUCAGUGUGCCAGCAAAUACAGCGUCUUCCAGGUGGUAGUCGGCAAGCGCAACACCAACACUGAAGAUGGAGAGCAGACACUGUACGUAAAAAUAGUUCACAUCCACCCACGCUUUGUGGAAGGUCGCCCCGAGAAUGACCUGGCUGUGGUUGAGCUCCGUGACCGCAUCAAGUUUAAGAACGAGGUGACUGCUGCCUGUCUGCCAGAAAAAGACUUUGCAGAGAGCGUCCUGAUGAUGGGAGAGUUACCGGCCAUGGUCACCGGAUGGAAGGUACUCGAUCAGGAGUCUGCUUUCCAGAGCUCCCUCACCCUUAACCAACUCGCAUACAACCGCUUGCCCCAGUGUCUGGAGACUCACCCCAACCUGGUGACCAAUAAAAUGGGCUGCACUGCUCCCCAGACCAAUGCUGACUGCACCAUGAGCUCCGGCAGCCCCCUGCUCACCCUGUACAGGGAGGUGUUUUUCCUCACUGGGGUGGUCAGCCAGCCGCCAGGGGCCGAAUGCAGCAAAGGCUACAUCUUCCAGAAGGUGUCGCGCCACCUCGGCUGGCUGGGGUCUCUCAUGGGUUCACGUUAGGUGGGGUAGUCAGGGAACAUUAUACGUUAUUAGAAAAAUACUUAUAAUGCAGGUGAAUAAACACUAAAACAGGGAAUCAGAUGAAUGUUUUCAUGUAAUAGUUGUAUAAUGUUGUUUUAAUUAUACCCAUCUCCUAACAACCGUAUAGUGUCAAUCCAGGUUUUUGCUUCCCAUUUGUCUCUGUGAACUUCCUCAUUUAUCCACAAGGUGGUGCUUUUGUGUCAAACAGAGAGUCUGAAGCAGCAAGAAAUGCAUGGAAUUAUUCAGCAUGUGUUUUGUGAUGUGGACAUACCUUUUAAUAACCUAAAUGUUAUGUUAUUUUUAGCAACUACUGUACUGGUUGAUAUGCACCUUGUAAAACUCCAGUUAAUCACUGUUCUGUGAUAUAAUAAACCCUAACAACAC